GGCCCUCUUGCCGCCUGCAGCUGCUUGAUUGCCCUUUGUCCCAUCUAACGAGCUCCAAGCUACGGUAGUGCCGGAGCAAGAGACGUGGACGGUUUAGGCGCUUUAUAUCAUAGCCAAGUCCAAGCUUUCUCACACCCACCUCCUUUUCUCACGAAUCUCCCUCCUGUGUACCUCUUCGCUCACGCUUCCUCCUCUCGCAGCCCCUUCGUCACCCCUCCUCCUUCUUCUUGGCUCCCCCUUUUCUCUACGACGGCGGUAUACGGCGGUAUAAACCUGGCUGUGUCCAAUCUGCCGUCCCCCUCCUUUCCCCUCGGCCUCCUCCUCUCAUUCGCAAGAUGGUGAGGAUCUUUCGUUUCACGGCACUUGCCGUCGUACUCGGCACCACAGCAGUCCGUGCCCUUCCGCGAGGCAGUCGCUCUGUUGGCUUUGACUUGGACGGUCCCACCCUCUUUCUGGACGAGCGAGGCGACAUCGACGGCGAUCUCUUUGAAGAGCGAGACGGAGCGCUCCAAAAUGCGCGUGUCCUGCUCCGACAAAAACGGCAAAACCCCGCUUUUGACUAUGCCAACACAAAGGUCCGCGGCGUGAACAUCGGAGGCUGGCUUGUCGCUGAGCCUUGGAUUACACCGUCGCUCUUUGACAACACGGGCGAUGAUCGCGUCAUCGACGAGUACACGUUCGGAAAGUACAUCAGCGACGUUGGAAGCCGGCUCGAGAGUCACUGGAGCUCCUUCUACUCGGAAAGCGACUUCUCCCAGAUUGCCGCUGCGGGCCUCAACCAUGUACGGAUUCCCAUUGGCUACUGGGCCAUCGACCAGAACCAUGGCGUGUACUACCAGGGCAGCCAGCUGUCGCACCUUCAAACGGCCGUUGGGUGGGCUAGAAACCACGGUCUCAAGGUUGUCGUAGACCUGCAUGGCGCCCCUCAUUCCCAGAAUGGCUUUGACAACUCUGGCCGAAAGGGCAGCCCGGACUGGUUCACGAGCGAAGACUACAAGAACCGGGCCAAGGCAGUCAUUCAGACGCUGGCAAACACGUUCAAGAAUGACGCAGACACCGUCACGGCCAUCGAGCUGCUCAACGAGCCCCUGACCACUUCGGGCCCUUCCAAUGCCCUCUCGUUUACCCAGGACUACUACAACAAUGCCUACUAUGCCGCGCGGUACCCUUCUGGGUCGCAGGAGACCAACUUUGCCAUUAUGAUCCAUGACGGCUUCCAACCCCUGUCGGCCUGGCAGAACCAGCUGCAGCCGCCCACCUACCAGCAGGUGAUCCUGGACACGCACAUCUACUACGUCUUUGACAACAACGUCGUCGGCCUCGGCAAGCAGGACAAGCUCAACCAGGUCUGCGGGAAACGGAGCUCGAUUGCGCAGAGCCAGCCUCACCUCUACACGGUCGUGGGCGAAUGGACUGCCGCGCCGACCGACUGCGCCAAGUACCUCAACGGCCGCGGCGUCGGUGCUCGCUACGACGGCUCCUACCCUGGCUCCUCCUACCACGGCUCGUGCAACGGCAAGACGGGCACCGGCAGCGACUUUACGGACAAUUACAAGAACUACCUUGCGUCGAUGUUUGACACGCAGCGGAGCGUCUACGAGGCUGGCUCUGGCUGGAUCUUUUGGACCUGGAAGACGGAGCAGGCGGCCGACUGGGACUACCAGCGCGGCCUCAAGCUGGGCUUCAUCACCAACAACCUCAACCAGAAGGGCUUGGCAAGCUGCUGAGCGAGAGCACACGUACGCCCGCGCGCGACAUACAGAGACUUUCGAUACUUUCCACACGCUACGACAGCUUAAUGACUUCAACUACAUGCUUUGUCUGUACGAGGAGAUGCAAUUUGAAACGCCCGACUUU